AUGUUCACCAAUGAUCCGGAUGUCGCGGCUCAGGGUGUAGCCGAGCCGAGCAUCCCACGCAGCGACUACAUUAAAUCAAUCAUCAAACCACUUACUGAUGGCCUGGACCUAGUCAGCUCAGAAGGCGAAACAUGGAAGACAUGGCGAUCGCGAUUCAACCCAAGUUUCAGCAACAAGAACGUGCUUGCCCUCGUUCCCGGCAUGAUCAAGGAUGUCCAAGUCUUCACAGAUCUCUUGCGCAAGCAAGCUGGUGUCGGUGGAGGUUGGGGCGACGUUUUCCCUCUUGAAGACCUUACGACGAACCUGACAAUCGAUGUCAUUGGCCGAGCAGUCCUUGAUAUCGAGCUCAACGAGCAGACUGCGGGGCCCAGCAGGUUCAAGAAACACUUUACGGAUCAGAUCUCGCGUUUCGUCACGGGUCGAAACAUCGUGACCAUAUGGAAAUGGUACAGCCCUUGGCGGUUGUCGGCCAUUGCUCGCAACACACAUGCCAUGCGCAGCGAGCUGUUGCCUUCCAUUGAACGGUCCUUGAGUGAGAACAAAAUCAAGAAGAGUUCUGGCAAAACCAUCAUAGACCUAGCACUGAAACCGAUAAAGAGCGCAGCUGAUGAAGAGAAGGCACCUGUAACGGAUCAAUUAUUCAUCGACACUGUCAUCUCCCAACUUAAGCUUUUCAUGUUUGCCGGCUAUGACACCACGGCGACGACUCUUUGCUGGGUGUUGCACUGCAUUGCCAAGAACCCAGAGGUUGCGCGUAAGCUGCGCGCUGAACACAAUAAGAUCCUCGGGGAAGACCCUGCGAUGGCGGCUGAAAACCUUAGACAGUCGCCGCACCUAAUCAACUCUCUCUUGUACACGGGCGGCAUAAUCAAAGAGGCUCUACGUCUAGACCCCGGCCCAGCGUCUCUGAGAGACGGUCAACCGCACUAUAGUAUAAUCGACAAGGAAACUGGGGAUCGCUAUCCAACCGACGGAUUCAUCGUCUGGGACGCCAUGCGCUCAAGGUCCCUUUCUGAGGAGCUGUGGCCCCGCGCCAAAGAGGUUGUGCCUGAACGAUGGGUGACGACAAAUGAAAGUGACCCUUUACAUCCAAAAAAGCAUGCAUGGCGUAUGUUUGGUGUUGGUCCCCGCAACUGCAUCGGACAGGAGCUCGCAGUGAUAGAAAUGAAAAUGGUGUUGGUGUUCAUGGCGAGAGAGAUUGACCUCGAUUGUGCCUGGGACAAGUGGAAUGCGAAGAGAAACCACACAACACCAAGGCCUGUGUGCGGAAAAGACGGUUGCUUCCAAGUUGGCCGGGGGACUCCACACCUUAAAGACGGCAUGCCGAUUCACGUCAGGCUCCGGUAA